GCCUUGUUGACCACAGCGUGCGUACAGCCAUUUGUAAUUUUCUCUGGUUGAAUUACUGAUCUAUCUCUGGGCUUUACUUUUCGUAUUGUAAAGCUUUUGUUGCCUUCAAAAUGAGUGACAGAGAGGAUGGGAGUGACCGAGAUGGACACAGCCCUGCUGGCAGUCUUUCUGAUCGGAGUAAAAACGGCAAUAGGAAAGGAAUAGUUAUGCCAUAUAGAUCCCGUUCUAAAGAGAGAAGUAGAUCUCGGUCUCCUUCUACGCAUAAAAGCAAAAGAAAAUAUUCCCGAUCAAGGUCGAGGUCAAGAUCGCACCAUAAAUACAGAAGUUCAAAGUACAGAUCUAGGUCCCGUUCUCCCAGAAGAUCUUACAAGAGGUACUCAAGAUCCUAUUCCCGUAGUGCCAGCUAUUCACCACCACAUUACAGAAGAGGUCGCCGGACUCACUCGCGUAGUCCCAUGUCUAACAGGCGUCGCCACACCGGAAGUAGGGAUAAUCCUGAGCCAAACAGAUGCCUUGGCGUAUUUGGACUGAGUAUUUACACCACAGAACAGCAGAUUCAUCACAUUUUCAGCAAAUACGGUCCGGUAGAAAGUGUUCAAGUUGUCAUGGAUGCUAAGACUGGUCAUUCUAGAGGCUUUUGCUUUGUGUAUUUUGAGAAUUAUGAAGAUGCCAGAGUCGCAAAGGAACAGUGCACUGGAAUGGAGAUUGACGGGAAAAAAAUAAGAGUUGACUUCUCCAUCACGCUGAGAGCUCACACACCAACCCCGGGGAUCUACAUGGGAAAGCCUACCUACUCUGAUCGUUACCGAAGGGACAGAGAUUAUGGGGAUUACUAUGGGGGCGGCGGCGGCGGUGGUGGUGGUGGUGGUGGAGGCGGAGGCGGUGGUUACAGAGGAAGCCGUUAUAGAUCACCAUCCCCUUACUAUUACUCCAGUAGGUCUCGCAGGAGGUAUGAUAGAUAUGACAGGUCCAGAUCCCGCUCCUAUUCUCCAAGUAAGUAUAUAUUCUCUUAUAUGACUGUGAGUUAGGUCAGUAUUGAUUUUUAUUAAGAAAGAUAAUGUUAUUUUAAUGAUGCAAGUAUGUUAUAAAUAUAUUUGUGAAGUACCUAGUAACGGGUGUAUAAAGAUCAUUUUAUAUGGUCAAGUUUUUCGAAUAAAGCUUAGUACUAGAAAUUGCAGUUAAGUACUCGAGUUUUCAACCACCUAGAGAGAUCGCCCUAUACUUACUAGACUCUUUUACACAUGAAUGAAUUCAGCCAAGAAACUAACAGAGACAAACAUG